AUGUGUUGUUGUAUUCAGGAAAGUUCUCAAUUGUGGGCUCCCACCCAAGAAUUGUUGCAAGCGGAGGCUCAAUUUCUCAAACACUUUGGCAACAGCAAGAAGGAGAAGAGAAUGUUGAAGAGAGCCUUCCGUGUUUUGAAAACAUGGGCAAAGAAGAAGCAUCUCAUGCAUAAGAAUUUGUUUGAAUUGGAGAGAGCGUUGAAUCAGAGGGGAGUGGUUCAUACCUUGUUUUUGCAUCAUGUGGUCGAGAGGGUUAAAAGCAGUGCGGAUCAAGCCAUACAGAAAGUCAAAUCAGAAAUUAGUAAGGUUCAAGAGUUUUUCAAUCCUCCCAUUCCAAAGUAUGAUGGACCAUUCUAUAAUAAGGGAUCUCUUUCCACAUGGAUGAAUGAUUUGGUCUUGUAUAUUGGAGACUUGCCAUUGAAUUUUCUCGUCAUUCCUGGUACUCAUGAGUCCUUCUCGGCGAACAUGGUUCCGGAAUCCAAGAUGGCACCAAAUGCUGAAACACCGAUUAAAAAGUUGAAUGAUGUACUGAAGUUUUAUCCAAAGAACGUAGUGAACACAGUCAUUGCCAACUGGGCCAGAACUCAGUCACAAUCAGCUUAUAAUCAAUUGGUGGAUGGAAUUCGAUAUUUUGAAAUUAGUUUGUGCAGGGACAAGGAAAUUAAGGAUAAGAUUCAAAUGCUUAAAACGUGUCACACGUUCUUUGAUAGCCCUAUUGAACCAAUUUUGGACCAAAUUGCAACCUUCUCAAAGACAAAGGGAAAAAGGGAAGUUGUCAUUCUCGAUUUUAAACAUCUCUAUGAUAUGGAUGACAGCGACCAUGAAUAUCUUUUCAAGGUUUUGAAAGCCAAAUUCGGAAAUUUGCUUGCAGAUUCCACAAAAUUCUCUCCAACCUCUUCCUUGAAGGAAUUUUGGAGAACCACCCAAAGAAUUAUUGUUCUCUAUGACCAUGAAAAUUCUGUGAAAAAAUCGCAAGGAUUGUUAUGGAGUCACUCGAACAUUAAUUCGCCUUCGCCUAACGUUCAGACCACGUCUGAUCUCUAUGACAAGUUGUCAAAGAGUUUGAGCGAUCGAAGUAGCACCGACAAGAAGUUCUUUGUUUCCCAAGGUGUGCUUACUCCAAAUGAAAAGACCAUUGCUUCUGGUCUCAUUGCCAAACCAAAAUCUCUCCUCGAUGCAGGUGACUUGUGGAAUCCUGUGGUUGCGAAUUGGAUUGGCUCUGGUUCCCUUCCAAGAAAGAAGAUGAACGUUGUGAUUGUGGAUAAUUACAGUCCUCUCUUUGUUGCUACUCUUGUUGAAAAGAAUAGAAAGAAAAUCUAA